GUAGAACAAGAUAAAAGUAAUAUUGGAAUUCCACCACCUCAAAAGUAGCAAGUCGCCAUGGCCGAGCCCAAGAAGCAGCUUCACAUAGCCAUGUUCCCAUGGUUAGCCUUUGGUCACCUACUCCCAUUUUUGGAGCUCGCCAAGCUUAUAGCCCAGCGAAAGGGUCAUCGUAUUUCGUUCAUAUCAACACCUAGAAAUAUUGAACGCCUCCCCAAUAUCCCUCCAAAUGUUGCACCUUUGAUAACCCUGGUGAAGCUUCCCUUACCCCAUGUUGAUAACAUGCCUGAAAAUGCAGAGUCGACCAUGGACGUACCGGAGCAGUACGUAAUGCCAUAUCUUAUGAAGGCUCACGAUGGUCUCCAAGAACCUUUGUCUAGGUUCUUGGAAACUUCGAGCCCUGAUUGGAUCAUUCAUGACUUUUCCCCUUACUGGUUACCACCAAUUGCAGCUAGACUUGGCAUCUCGCAGGCUUUCUUCUUUGUUUCCAACGCAUCAUCCUUGUGUUUCGCUGGCCCCCCACCAAAGUUGCCGUUGUCAACGUCGUCGGAAACAACAAACGAGCCCGACCCCAACACACGAACAGAACUUGAGCAUUUCCUUGUCCCUCCCAAAUGGGUCCCCUUUCCAACCAAAAUAGCAUAUCGACGCUACGAGGUAAAAAAAAUGUUUGAUACUAACGCUGGAAAGAAUGACUCUGGUACUACUACAGACCCUUCCUUUCGUUUCAUAACAACGUACUCGGCCACCGAUGUACUGGCUGUCAGAACAUGCAUGGAAGUCGAAGCUGAGUGGUUGAAUCUCUUGGGAGAGCUUCUCCAUAUACCUGUGGCUCCUGUGGGCUUAUUGCCACCCUCACCACAAGAAGACAAUGACAACAAAGAUAGCACUUGGCAUACAAUUUCUAAUUGGCUGGACAAGAAAGAGAAAGGGUCAGUGGUAUAUGUAGCACUCGGAAGUGAGGUCCGACCGAGUCAAGAAAACUUCAAUGAGUUGGCUCUGGGGCUAGAGCAAUCGAGGCUGCCAUUCUUUUGGGCUAUAAGAAACCUGUCAGCUGAUGGGAAUGGGGAUUCGAUUUUGCUACCGGCAGGGUUCGAGGAGCGAACCAAAGGUCGUGGGAUUGUUUGGACGGGCUGGGCACCUCAGUCCAAGAUAUUGGGCCACGAGUCAGUUGGAGGCAUCGUGACUCACUGUGGUUGGGGUUCAGUAACAGAGGCAUUGCGGCUUGGAUGUGCACUUAUCAUGUUGCCUUUCAUUGUGGAACAAGGAUUAAUUGCUAGAUUCUUGGAAGAGAGACAAGUAGGAGUUGAAAUUCCCAGGAAUGAAGAAGAUGGGUCAUUUACCAGGGACUCAGUGGCACAAACUUUGAGGUUGGCAAUGAAGGAUGCAAAGGGCCAGAUAUUCAGGGACAAAGCCAAGGAAAUGACCACCAUAAUUGGGAAUAUGGAACUCCAGCACCGAUACGUGGACAGAUUUGUUGAAUUGCUUGAGAACCACAGGAAGAAGAUUACCAAGGAAAGUGAUAAUUAAGAUUAUGCAAAUUAAGUUUUACAGAAGUUCCUCAACAAGCAGCUUGGGAGUAAUAAUUAUGUUGGGUUAAUUAUUUUCCUUGUUUUCUUUUUCUUGUUGGAGAUGUUUUAAACAACAUCGAUCAUUGUAAAGCUGGUAUCCCCUCACGGGGUUUAAAGUCGAAAAUAAUAUUCCAGCUAUAUAUCA